AUGGAUUUUGAACUUGUUCCUUACAAGAUCUGUGACCUUACAGCCACCAGGAAUGCUGAACAAUCAUCUGAGGACAUCAUUGGGUAUCAUGGGCAAAGAGGAGAGAUGAAGAAAAGAGAUACCAAAAAAGCCUAUGAACUUAAAAGGGAGAGAAAAGACAAUAUUGGCUCUGAGCGGGGGGGUAUCUCAAAGUGGGCGAAUCAAGUUGAGAAGAACUGGAAACAGCCAACAACCUCCCACCACAGCACUACAGUUAAGGGAUCCUGUUCCAUCAAGACAGCCAUCAGCCAAUCAGUUGUCUACCAAACCAUCAUCUGCCACCGCAUCCUUAGUCAAUCAAGCAGGAAUCAACAGGGCAUGAACCAAUCAGGCACAAGCCAAUCAAGUUUAUCAGAUUCGAAGCAAACCAGCAUAAACCAGGCAAGCACGAGCUCACUUGGUAUGAACCAAAUGGACAUGAACCAACAGAGUACAAGCCUACAUGAAAUGAACCAAGUGGACAUGAAACAACCAAGCAUGAGCCAAGCUGGCAUGAGGCAAUCAGGUACAAGCCUACCACACAUAAACCAACCUGGCAUGAAACAACCAGGCACGUGGCAAUUAGGUAGGAGCCAACCAGGCAGGAGACAACAAGGCAUGUGGCCACAAAGCCUGAACCAACUAUUCCUGAGCAAAGCAAGCAUAAGCCAACCAGGCCCAUCUCAACCAGUCCCAAGCCAAUCAGGCCCCAGCCAAUCAAGUACUAGCCAAGCAGGCAGGAACCAAUCAGGUAUAAGCCAAACAGUGACGUGGCAACUAGACAGGCGACAGUCAGGUAGGAGCCAGCCAAGCAUGAGACAAACAGGCACCAGCCAAUCAGGCACAAGCCAAAUAGGCAUGAGCCAACGAGUCACAUGGCAAACAGGCCUGAGCCAACCGGUCCGGAGCCGACCAAACAUGAGUUCACCAGGCAUGUGGCAACCAGGCAUGAGCCAGCAAGUCCCCAGCCAACUAGGCAUGAGACAACCAGGCACUAGCCAAUCAAGAAAGAACCAAACAGGCAUGAGCCAUCCAGGCAGGGGUCAUCCAGGCAUAUGGGAACCGGGGCCGAGUCACCCAGGCCGGAGCCAACAAGACCUGGACCAAUUAGUACUGAGCCAACCAGGCCUGAGUCAACCAGGCAGGAGCCAGCCAAGUGUGAGCCAAAUGGGCAUGAGGCAGACAAGCAUGGAUUCUUUUCAAAUAAGACCUGCAGAGGCUGGAGACUGCCCAGAAAUUUUGCGACUGAUUAAAGAAUUGGCUGCCUGUGAAAGCAUGCUAGAUGCAAUGGAGUUAACAGCAGCUGAUUUACUCAGAGAUGGCUUUGGGGACAAUCCCCUUUUCUACUGCCUGAUUGCAGAAGUAAACGAUCAACAAAAACCAUCAGGCAAAUUGACUGUUGGAUUUGCCAUGUACUACUUUACAUAUGACUCAUGGAUUGGCAAAGUACUUUACCUAGAAGACUUUUAUGUCACACGAGCCUACCAAGGUCUAGGUAUUGGAGCUGAAAUGCUGAAGAGGCUAAGUCAGAUAGCCAUCAGAACUCAAUGUAACCGCAUGCACUUUCUUGUCGUCAUUUGGAAUCAGGCUUCUGUCGACUACUACACUAGUCGAGGGGCUUUAGACCUUUCCUCUGAGGAGGGCUGGCAUCUCUUCAGGUUUAACAGAGGAGAACUCCUGGACAUGGCAUGGGAAUAA